AUGGCUUCAUCUCCAGAUUCUAGCAGUACGGUAGAUAGGCGGCAGUGGCCUGUUUCCACCAAUCAGACUAGCGCUUAUGCACGCGCACGGACGUCUCCUCGCCCGAUCUUUCCUCAGCCGGAUGCUCCCGGUAGUGCUUCUACCAGGGAUGAACCGAGCAGUAGCUUGGACCGUCCUCGCCCUACCCUUCCUCGAGUGGUUGUCCCCACGUUCCCGGAGCGGAACCGCCCGCAGGGACAGCAGAAGCGCAACGCCGAUGCUGACCCGCCAUCCCCUCGCCAUCGCAUGACGAAACGCCAGCGCAAGGGAAUCACCGCGAAGGAGAAGCUCCACUGGUUGAAGAUGCAGGACUCGCAGCCCGACCUAUCGAAUCGCGCCCUGGCGAAGCUCGCGAAGGUGCAGCCAUGCCAGAUCCGCGAUUGGAAGAAGAUGAGGGAGCGGCUGGAGGUCUCUUCCAGCUGCCGUCGUCGCCUCAUGGGAGCUGGCCGCAAGUCCAAGUUCCCUUUCAUGGAACGGGCGGUCUACCGCCAGUUCCUCAAGCACAGGGGGAGGGGGCUCGCCGUUUCGGGUGAGGUGGAAGUCCUUGACGACGUCAACGACCUGGUUGACGACGAGCUCGUCGUCAACCCCUUCUACGCCGAAGUCCCCAUGCCGGCCGAGGUGCUGCAGGCGGCGGCAGAGGAGGCUGACGCCGCUGAGGAGGACGCGGAAGCGGCGGCGGCAGAGGAGGAGGGGGGCGUGCUUGAGGAAGGCGGGGAGGCAGAAGAGCCUAGCGAUGACGAAUGGUUGCGCCCUGGCUGCUUUGACGGGGAAGACUGUGAAGAAUGGCAUGCAGGAGACGAUUCUGAGUAG